AUGCUCGAUUCAUUGGACCGCCACAGCAGAGACUCCACGCUGUUUCAAUUCACGACCAAGCGACUCAGAGACUUUAUCGACCCUAAGCACCUUCUCAUCCAGAUAGACGAGCAGUUCGACUUCCAGAAACUCGUCGAGCCGCUCGAAGACUACUACUGUCGCGACAACGGCCGGCCUGCGAUACACCCCGAAGUACUCGUUAGGGCGCUGCUCAUCUCGUCCCUGUACAACGUCACUUCCUUCCGGCGACUGUGCUCGGCAAUCUCAGAGAAUCUGGCGUUCCGCUGGUUCUGCUUCCUGAACAUAGACGACAAGGUCUUCGACCAUUCCACCAUAAGCUACUUCAUCGAGCGUGUGGGCAACGAGGGCUUCGGAGAGAUAUUCCAGCGGUUCAAUGAGGAGCUGCUGAGGCUGGGGUUGUUGUCUCGGCAGAUGUACGCCGACUCGAGUCUGGUCAGGGCGAACGUCAGUGGUCGUAAUCUGUCGCGCAGCGGGAUGAGCGUGGAGGAAUUCAAGGAGAAGGCGGUGGAGGAGAAUGGGCUGUUCGUGCUGCGUGAGCGGCAGGUCGACAAGGAUGGCGUCAUAUCAGAGAGAGUUAGACACUUCCAGAACUCCAAGGGUCGUAUGCCGCUGAACAAGGUGGACACCGAUGCUCGUUGGAGCACCAACAAGCGGAACAAGCGACCGAACCUGCACUACAAGGAGAACAUCAUUGUUGAGGGUAGCGGGUUCAUUCUUGCGCGCAGGGCCACGCACGGCAGCGAGGGAGACUGGAAGCCGGUAAUUGACAUGCUGGGGCAGUUGCCCAUCAAGCCUGAGUCGCUGGCGGCAGACACGGGAUACAGUGCAGGCCCCUUGAGGAAACAUCUGGAGGAGGUGGGCAUUACCGCCUACAUACCCAUACAUCCUAACCAGAAAAACAGCGUGGUUGCCCAGAGGGGCUUUACCUAUCACGGCGACCACCUUGUGUGUCCUGAAGGUAAGGUCCUGCGCAGGCGGGCCUUCCACAGUAGAGAUCGAAGUUAUCAGUAUGUCGCUCAUCAGAAAGACUGCCAGAAGUGUCCUGUGAGAACUGAAUGUCUGCCCCCUAAACAGAAGCGACGGUUCGUGGCGCUGACGAUGUAUCAGCCGGUGUACUUGAGGGCAAAGGAACGGAAUGAGAGUGAAGCAUAUAAGCAGGAGAUGGCGAGCCGGCGUUCGACAGUGGAGGGAGUGUUCGCCUCUCAAGACAGGUUGGGCUGGGAGAGGUGCAAGCUGAGAGGGUUGUGGAAAGUGGACUGUGAGGGCUACAUAUCGGCGCUUGCGCACAACUUUUCGAAGGCCGUGCGCAAGCUUGGAGGAAUGGGCCCGCCUGGGCCGGCGGUCAUUAGUGAACGGGCGGCAAUGGCCUCUGGGUAGGGAGAAGGAGCCCGAUAUGUCAGCUGCCGAUAUGAAUAAUGAGUGGCGCGGAGCAGA